GUCUCCUCCUCCAUGUGGAGAUGAGGAGGAGUCCAGCUCCUGGACAUAAACGCCCGACCAGAGACGGUGGGAGGAACCUCAUCUUCACUGGACUGUCAGGAGACGCUGAGAGCAAACAGCUAAGAAAAUGGCAGACCUAAGUUUUCAGGAGGAGUUCCUCGAGAGCCACAACGCCUACAGGGCAGCACACGGCGCGCCGCCGCUUACCCUGAGCGACUCACUGACGGCCUCGGCUCAGAGGUGGGCCGACUACCUGUUGCAGCUGGGCCAGAUGCAGCACAGCAACAUGGGCACCGGAGAGAACAUUUACUGCAAGUGGGGCUCCUCGUCUGAGGCUCUAACAGGGAGAGAAGCCGUGGACAAAUGGUACAGCGAGAUCAAGGACUACGACUAUAGAUAUCCUGGAUUCAGAUACAACACCGGUCACUUCACUCAGGUGGUGUGGAGGUCCAGCACUGAGCUGGGCGUGGGCGUGGCCACCGAUGGCCACAGGGUCUUUGUGGUGGGCCAGUACCUCCCACCUGGCAACUACAGCAACCGCUUUGAGGACAACGUUCGCCCAAAAGCAGAGUGCCAUUACGGCCACCACCAGGAGGACAGAUACCACUUGCCAUCAGUGGCAGUCACUGCAGCCACCGAGCUCAUGACUCCGCUGUGCCCAGAGGAGCUAAAACAGCAGCAGGAGGCCGGCCCAACCCUGACGGAAGUAAAGAGCUGGUUGGAGGAUGAACGGUGACCAGAGUGGACGGAGGUGUCAGCUCAGAGCCAGGAGCUGAAAUCAUACUACUCUCAACUGGGCAGCAGUGAGCGACAGGUUGCUGUAUCGAUGAUGGCAAGCUGCGUGGCGAGGCAACGACAUCCUCCAGCUGCUGGUUCCUCGUGCACUCUGCUCUCAAGUCCUCCAGAUGACACAUGGUUCAGCAGCAGCGAGUCACUGCAGGAAUGCUAAGACUCUUCACCACCUCCGGGGGCGGUUCUACUGGCCUGGCUGAGCUGGUGACGUGGAGCUCUACCUUCACUGCUGCGAUGACUGCACGACUCUGAAAGGCCCGUCCCAAUGCUCCCGCGCCCUGCUGCAGCAGUACCUGGUGGGGGCCCCAGUGGAGAGAGUGGGGGUGGAUAUCCUCGGGCCAUUUCUAGUGACGGAGGCUGGACACCGCCAUGUCCUUGUGGCUGUGGGUUAUUUUAUAAAGCGAAGUGUCCUGAGGCGUAUGCUGUGCCAGAUCAAAGCUCAGCCACCACAGCAGAGAAGCUGGUGGAGGUGAUGUUCUCAGGCUUUGGGUUCCCCGCCGAGCUCCACAGCGACCAGGGCAGGAACUUUGAGGCACAGGCGUCUGAUGAGUUCUGCCGGAGGUUAGGGGUACACAAGAUCUGGAUCUUCACCCCCAGUGUGACGGACUGGUUCAACCGCACCCUGGCCAUCUGUUCCUGGGUCUGUGGUCUUAUCGCACUGCUGUACAGGAGUCCAGCCAGUGCACACCUGCAGCCUCAUGUUUGGACGAGAUCUCCGGACAAUGGUGGAUUUUAUGUUUGGGACCCCGCCAGAAUCGGAGAUCACUGGGGAACCGGAGAUGGAUUUGUACCGCUGGCUUAAGGACCGUCUGCAUGCCGUCCACAAGAUCACCUGCCUAGCGCAGGCCAGCGCUGGGAUAAAACAGAAACAGGCUUAUGAAACGCGGUGCCAGGGACAGGUGUUUACACCUGGGAACAAGGUGUAUAUUUACUGUCCGGUUCAUAAAAAGGGUAUUUGCCCUAAACUAAACAGCCAUUGACAGGGACUGUGCUGUACAAAAUCUGAGAUGUUGUGCACCAGGUGCACACACCUGGAUGCCGACGAAUUGUGGUGUUGCACCGGGACCGGCUGGCAACAUAUCACCACCUCGCCCCACAGACAGCGAACCCACCACCAAGCACAGAAACCAGUCCCAACCCACCUCAGAGGACCGACGUCCCCCCACUUGGACAAUUCUGUGAUGGCUGUGGGUGUCGCCGGGACAGCUGAUCCCUUGGGAGGGGCCUGUGUAGCGGUCGCUGAGGGGACACGAGUGGCGCAAAGGUCAAUGGGAAGUACUGUCUUUAUUUGUGUGUUGCCUUAGUGACAUCCUGAGCCAAUGUGAAGCGGCUGGUGAGCACACCCCUUGGAGUGAGACAUACAGUAUGUGUGUGGUUCAAAAUAAAGGCAUCCUGAGCAACACAAUCUGCCUCUUCAUUCCUGCAUAGGCACUGACGUCGUUACACUACUAUCAACAUGAAUAUGUGGACCACAAUUCAGGAUUACCAACCUACAAAAACACAGACGUCAGUAAAAUCAGCUGACUAGAAAAAACACCAACAGAUAAACAAAAUAGAAUUCAAAAUGCUAAACAAAAAAUCACAUAUGCCAAAACAGAACUAAACCGUUUACCAGCACUCCCCCAAUGAAAGACAGGUCCAUCACACCCCCACCCACCCUCAACCAGCAACAAGGUCAAUGUUUCUGGUGAAAUCUACUCAUAUUUAGAGGAAAUGGACAAACAUAGAUGCAAGGAAGAGCCAAAACAUUGAAGGAGGACAGUGAUGCUGAGUAGGAAAGAGAUAAUGGAGAACAGUGAAUCAGGUGUCAGGACCCAUUAGGAGCUGAUAGUCAGACGCUUGAUUAACAUUUCAAACUAUAUAGACAAUAAUAUGUGUACACAUAUAUGUGUAUUGCUUGACAAUGAUCCA